CUAGUCCGUAAUAGGACAAAGAAAAAGAGUAAAACGAAAGAACGCCUUGUGCUCUCCCUUUCAGUAGUCUUAUACAGCAGUCGUGCAGAUGGAAUCGAUGGACGCCAGUCUUUUCUAAUUCACUGUAAUUGACGAGUUCAUUCAGACAGAGUUCCCGUCACUCCGGUUGGGCUUUUUGAGUGGAAGGUGAUGAAGAAGAAGAAUCCACUUGUCUUUUUUGAUGUGUCAUUUGAUGGAGGUCCUGUGCAAAGGAUUGUUAUGGAGUUAUUUGCUGACAUUGUUCCUAAGACAGCUGAAAAUUUCCGGGCACUUUGCACUGGUGAGAAAGGUAUUGGUAUUUCAACUGGGAAACCUCUUCAUUACAAGGGAUGCAUAUUUCAUCGGAUAAUCAAAGGAUUUAUGGCACAAGGUGGUGAUUUUUCGAAAGGGAAUGGUACUGGUGGAGAAAGUAUAUAUGGAGGAAAAUUUGCUGAUGAGAACUUCAAACUGGACCACAGUGAGCCUGGUCUUCUCUCUAUGGCAAAUAGCGGUCCGAGUACAAAUGGUUCCCAGUUCUUUAUAACAUUUAAACGACAACCACAUCUUGAUGGGAAGCAUGUUGUUUUUGGAAAGGUUGUGAAAGGAAUGGAUAUCCUAAAGAAAAUGGAACAGGUGGGAUCGGCUGAUGGAAAACCGUCUGAGCUUGUGAAAAUUGUUGAUUGUGGUGAAACCUCAGACAGUAAGACUAAUGGCAAAACUGGAGAUGAUAAAGCUAAAAAGAAAAAGUCUGUGAGAGAGCUUUCUUCUGACGAUGGAUCUGAUAGUCCUGCAAAAGAUAAACCCAAGAGGUCUGCCAGAGAUGUAAAGAAGAGGAGAAAAAGAUACUCUUCAUCUGAUUCCUACAGCUCUGACACAGAUUCCGACACCUCUUCAGACACUGAUUCCUGUUCAGACUCUUCUGAAUCAGAGUCUUCAAGUUCUUCUAGUUAUGGAAGGCACAAGAAAAGGAGGAGGUUAACAAAAAAAGGGAGGAAUCUUCAUGCAAAGAAAGGGAGGAAUGGAAGGAGUGGAAGGAGAAAGAAUCUCCGUCAUAAAAGAUUGAAGCGCAAGACAAAACGGAGUUCUGAGAGUUCCAGCAGUGACAGUCUGAGUACCAGUGCCAGUGAUAGCAGUUCAGAUGAUGAAAAUGCCCGUGGGCGUGGAUCUGCGCAUAAAGAUUUGGAUAAGUCACAAAAUCUUGGAAAAGCUGGGAGAAAGCUGCAAAAGGAGAAGCAAAGCGAGGGAAAUUUGACAGGAGAGGGUGAAUUUUCUAAGAAGGAUGAUAAACUUGUGAAUAAUGGUCAUGGCAGAGACUUAAGCAGUGAUAAACCUGUCCCAGGGAGUCAUUAUUCUGAUAAUUUGAACAAGUCCAGGAGUGCUUCACCAAGUCCUGAGGGUAGGCCAAGAUCAAGACGACGCAGUCCAAGCGUGAGUCCUAAGGGAAGCCCUAGGCUGCAGCAGGAUGGUGGAAGCCCUAAAACAUCUGGCCAAGCAAGAGAGAGGUCUAAAAGUCCUGCUGAACGGCCUGCGCAUAAAUCUCCAGAUGGAAAUUCCAAACGUAUUAGGAAAGGGCGCGGCUUUACUAAAGAAUAUUCCUUUGCAAGACGCUAUCGCACCCCAUCUCCAGAACGCCAACCUUAUAGGCCCUAUUAUGGUGGAAGGAACAUUCAAAGAAAUCGUGAUCGGUAUUCAAGCUACAGAAACUAUUCUGAUCGCUCUCCACCAAGACGCUAUAGAGGUUCUCCAAAAGGGAGGAGUCCACCUAGAUACCGAUACAGGGGUAGAAGUAGGAGUGUAUCUCGCAGCCCUAAUGGUUCCCCCUCAAGUAAAAAGCACAACAGGACCCCUUCACGCAGCCGUAGCCCUGUGGAUAGGCGGCCGGCAAUUAGUGAUAAGUUGAAGUCUCGGCUUGGGCCUCGAGUGGAUAGCCAGAAACCAUCAAGUCGAGGAAGGUCAAAUUCGAGCUCACGAAGCCGUGGUGCAUCUCAUUCUAGUUCGCCUGAAACUGCUCCCAGGAAGCAUGCAAGGAAAGCAUCACAUAGUUCGAGAUCCAGAUCCAGCUCCCCAGUUGGUAAGAGGGGUUUGGUUUCCUACCAGGACAUAAGUCCUGGAAAUGGGACAGAGUAGUUGGCAAGGUUAUGCUCACAACAAGUACUGAAUCAUUAUGUCAGGAUACAGUUAUAUUGGUUUUGGCCGUUUAUUUCUUUAACAUGAUGACUGACUUUGUUUUAGGUUUUUUGUUUAUCUCCCCUAUGAAUGUUAUUUCAUGUGUAAGGGGCUUUGCUUACAUUUUGAAGAAGUUUGCUUUUAUUAAUGCAAUGAGAACCUUCCUUAAUGGAUGUUAUUAGGUUUAGUAUUGUAUUAAUAUAGUAUGAAUUUAACA